AUGGCCAUGGCACAACACUUUUCAGCUCUACAGACCUGCUGUCACGCAGAGGCUGGGAAGGAAGAGCUCGAAGCGAACCUCGCCGGAAAAUGCUGCAAAUCGUCGAGCGAUUCUGCAUGUGAAGCGGUGUUCAGCAAUGAAUCUCAUCAGUAUGCGGCCAAGCCGCCGGAUUUUGCGAAGUCAGAGGAGUACUACAUCCACCCCUCAUUUGAGGACCACGACACAAUGUCAGGGCAUGAUGAAGCAUGCUCACACCCCUCACACCACAGAUCUACCUCGGAUUUGCCAGCUGAGAGGAUCAGCUCGAAGCUGACAGACCUUACAGGAAUCGAUAUCACAGACAGCAGUCUGAUGCGAGGGAUCUCCCUGCGCAAAACACUUCGGCAAGGAGGCAGUCUCUGGUUGUGCGACCCAUCUGCCUUGACCAAGCCACAAAGGUUGAAGUUGUACACUGCUUCGAGGCAGACAUCGAGAUAUGAUAAGUUCUUAUCGCACACAUGGCACACAUCGGGAGGAUGGAAGCUCCUUGCGCUGAUGAUGCACACAGGCUGGCAUGCCUUCUUGAUUUCUUGGGUGCUUGGGGUAGCCGUGGCAUUCGCGCUCGUUCUGCUCGAUGUGCUGCCGCAAACAACUGUUUGGGAAGCCCAUGCCGUUGGCUUCGAUGGCACGAUUCCCUACGGCUUCUGGGUCUCGACCGUGUCAGUUCCCACAGCAAUUGGAGGGCUGCUCUUGUACCCGUAUCUUCCACAUCGCAGCUCCGACAUGUGUUUCUUGGAUUACGUCUGCGUGGACCAGACAGACACAGCCAGAAUGCAGCAAGGCAUCAGAUCCAUUGGAGCCUUUUUGGCAUCGUCCAAAGAGCUGCGUGUGCUGUGGAGUGCACCAUACCUCAAGAGGUUGUGGUGCGUCUUUGAGUUGGCAGCAUUCCGCAAACUGAACCCGCAGGGCCAGAUCAUCAUCUCACCAUUGCUGAGUGAGGCAACUGUGUACUUGAUGUUUCUGUGGGUGCAGCUGGCAUCUGCUGCUUUUCUCGCGGUGCGGACCGGGCCCAAUGGUGGAGAUCCACUGCGAUUUCUGAUGUUGUUGGUCGGCUCGUUCUUGCUGCUGUUUCCUACAUUGUUUCAUGCAGGCAGGACGAAGCACCGGGCAGACAAGCUGUUACAGGCUCAGCUGAGCAGCUUCGAUGUGACAAAGGUCGAAUGCUCGAGCGAGUUCGACAAGCAGAGCAUCCAUGAAGCCAUCAUCUCGUGGUAUGGAAGUUUGGAUGCUUUUUCAAAUCACAUCCGGGGGCCAUUCCGCUUGGAAGUCACUGAAUUACUGCGUACGCAGGGGAGCCUGUCACCCCAGUACAUCUACAUCGCUACACUCCCGAUUUUCUGCCUUUCGCUGGAAGGUCUGCUGGCACUAUCGAAGGCUGGCGCUCCCUGGCAGUCGAUCUUGGGAUUCUUCUUGGCGCAUGUGCUUGGCCUCGAUGUGCUUUGGCUUCCUGCUGUCGCAAAUUUUGGGGCCUACAUGACCAAGCGUGGCUUGCGAGUGUGCGGUCGCAGGAUGAUGCCCUACUCGCUUGAGUUUACGAUUGUAUUCGUGCUUUCUUCCAUUCUCUUCGUGGCUGGUGGCUUCUGCACCGUCAUCGUGAGUGCCCAGAGUUUGACAACAGUGCUCGUAUGGGUCCUUGUAGCGCUUGUUUUUGCUUUCGGUUGCUGGAAGUUCUGUUGGCGCGUUUGA